CUCAGCAUUUUCAAACACACACUUUAUUUUAUCUUGAACAUCAAUUAUUACACAUAAUUAAUUGCAUGUGUUCCUCAAAAGUCUCCAUUCAAUGCUCUUAUUUCUUUAUUCAUAUUUGACUUUCCAAGUUUUCUCAUAAAACGCAUAGCUCGUCAUAUUCUUUAUUCGUUACCGUAGUGAUGGAUGCAGCAGCAGCAUCGCAUAAACAUAUGUUCAUUCAGUUUCUUGUUUCAUUCAAAAACCAGCAGAACAACAACAACACGAGUGUAACACACUUAACUCCAACGGGUGCAGUUUCUGAAAACGGCUUCCCUAUAAUUGGCGUUGCGAUGUUAGGAAUCAUGGCAAUAGGGUUCUUGCUAGUGAGUUACUACAUCUUUGUGACAAAAUGCUGCAUCAACUGGCAGCAAUUUGACCCAUUAAGACGCUUCUUCAAUACGCGUCCACGCCAAUACGAAGAGACUUAUACACCAUCAAGAGAAAGCAGAGGACUUGAUGAAUUGGUAAUAAGAGAAAUUCCAACUUAUCCGUACAGCAGAAACAGAGUUGGUGAAACAAGUUUUAGAAGAUGUGUUGUUUGUUUGAAUGAAUUUAAAGAAGAUGAAAUGCUUAGACUUCUUCCUAAAUGUAGCCAUGCUUUCCAUUUAGACUGCAUUGAUAUCUGGCUUCAAAACAAUGCUAGCUGUCCUCUUUGUAGAAGUAGCAUUUCAGGUACAACCGCUAAACAUCCAAUCGAUAUGAUUAUCGCGCCAAAUUCAUCACCUCAAGAUCCUCAUAUUCCACUUCUGAGAAGAAGAAGAAGCGAGGAAGAUUUCGUGGUGAUUGAAUUGAGUGGUGAACUUGGAACAGAGGCGCAAAACUCUGUCAGCACAAGCAGUGACUUUGAACAGAGGAUUGAUAAGUUGGAUACAAGGAAGUAUUCAAUGAUGGGAGAUGAGUGUAUAAAUGUAAGAGAUAAAGAUGCUCUGUUUUCAGUUGAGCCAAUAAGGAGAUCGUUUUCGAUGGAUUCAGCAGCAGAUCGACAUGUUUACUUAUCAGUGCAACAGAUGAUACGUCAUAAUAGGCAGAUGAUCAGUGAGCUCAGAAACAAUGGUGAAAGCAGUAGUAGAUCCAUUCGAAAAUCCAUCUUUUCUUUUGGACAUACAAGAUCUAAGACAUCAGUUUUACCUUUUGAAUCUUAAAAAUUUUGAUCUUUCAAUUUGUUUUUUUUUUCUUCAUUCUUUAUUGCAACUUUACACAAAUAUUAACAUGGUAUUUGAUAGUUUA